AUGGUCGACCUGCUCCCGCGCGGCUCGCAAAGACCGGCGUCGCCGGCGCCGCCCAGAGCUGCACCCGUCCUUCAUCUCACUUACACGGAGGGGAGCAAUCACCAGGCUAGCGCUUCGAAUAGGGCUGACGGUCAAGUUGAAGCUAUCCCCCCUCAGACCAGGCCCUCGACCUCAGGGGCUCUGUCUGCCCUGUUUCAUGUUGCCCACCACCAAGUCGACCGGGAUUUCUGUGACGCGUCUCAGAUUGCCAAUUUCCAGGGGUCCUUCCUCCGAGGCCUUACUCAACACGGGCCAGAGGCGUUCAACCCCGGGGAGAGACCAACCCUGAGGCUCGUGAGCGAUCUUCAGCAGAGUAGCAUUCAAGGCGUCGGGCCUCGGAACCGCUCGCCGUUGAUGCGAAGGCUACCCAAGCCAGGGCAGCAAGCAAUCUGUUUCACUCCGGCCAAUACCCGCUCCUGGGCAAUACCGGCAAUGCUAUUGUUCUUAACAGACGACCUAAGACGUGAAACAUGCCAGGAUCCUCCUUGUAAAGAUUGUCACCACUAUUGGAAACAAGCCGCCACAAUGGUUGUUUCGCCGAAUAACGAAACCGAGGCGCGUGUUGAGAGUCUUGAGAGUGUCACAUCAUCGUAA